AUGUCUUCUAUAAUUACGGCCAUUUUAAGAUCGACCGUGGGUUUAUUGUGCGACAAUGCUCGUGAUAGUGCUGCAAAUAAACUCAAGGACGGAGAUUUAGCGGAUGAAAAAUUGCGUGAAAUAAUUGUUAAGGAUUUGACCGACAUCAAGUCGAAACUCGACUGUCUGUCGCUUAAAGAUCUCGAUAGCAGUUAUAGUUUCCUGAAAGAAGGUGUGGAAUUGUUGAAUCUUGCCCUUGAUGAGUCGAAUGAAGAUCAGAAAGCGAGCGAGGGUCCAACAGACGAAGCAGCAAGAGUUAUGAAUGAUACAGCAUCUGGUAUUUUGAAAGGAGCCUUAUCACUUCCUCAACCGACUCAACGAUUACAAAUCUCGUCCAAUAAGCGGUUCGACUCUGCUCAAGAUCGUUUCAAAGCAUCUCGCGAGGCAGCCACACAUGCUUUCAACAACAAAUCUCUGACCAUCAAAGAUCAAAUUAUGGCUUGCAAGUUACGUGUGGCAGCCAGUAUUCUUGAAUCAGGUCUUGAAGACCCGGAAGCCGCAACUACUGCCUGCUUGUCGUCACUUAAAGAGCUACAUGGUUUACCAGCAAUCCAAGAAAUGUUCGCAGUUUUUCUUACUGGAGGACUGAAAUCAAAGUAUAAGAAAACAGAACGGUUAGAAAACAUACUGUCUGUUUUGUUCAUCAAUCAUGCUUUAUAUGAUUUCGCUUCCAAGUAUAGCAGUAAAUCUCACUACCUAUUUACCUGGCCUGGAAUAAAGUUGAAGGAUCGUACAUUUCAUCCAAUCCUAAACACACAUGAGAUUGUGACAAAGACGUCCAGUAGGGAAGCAUUUGUUCAGCAACUGAACCGAGUGGUUGUUGAUUCGAGAAUAAAGACGGCUACGUUUGCUGUGAAUAGCCGUGGUGAAAUUAUUGUACUAGAUAAUGACAAAAUCACGGUUUUUUACAGCACAGGUGAAAGCAAGGUUGUUAUGCUCCCCAAACCCACAGAAAGUAACGAUAUUACAAGACGUGACAAGGAUAUUGAUGUUGAUGUUGCUGUUGAUAGCAAUGACAAUGUGUAUGCUGUACAACAGUGUGCGACAUAUGAUAAAAAUGGCAGUAGAAAGGAACAUUUUGUGUUGUACGUUUUUGACGAGAAUUAUAACAUCAAGCAUGUAUCCGCAUUGGAUUUCCUUGAUAGAAAAUUUGGAAAUGUGAACAUUGCUGUUGACAAAAACCAAUACCUAAUCAUGCUCACAAAUUGGAAUACCCUGGUAUAUAUCUGUGAAAACACAGAAAAGUUGAAAUUUCAGUUUAUACGAGAUGGAGAUAACAUACGCAGCUUGAGUAUUUCUAACAACAAUGACAUCAUGAUAGUAUCAGAUGAUCACAGCGCUGUUCAAAUAUACUCAACAGAAGGUAACUUAAAAUCCACAAUAAGAGUACCAGAGGGUCAUGAAGCCCGGCGGGUGGCAUUUCAUCAUGGCAUUUGUAAAAUAAUUGUUGCAGCCUAUGUUAGGGAACAAAGUUCCUGCUUCUUGCUUGGUUACUCUGAAACAGGUGAACUGGAGAAUUCAGUGUUUUUCCGCAAGGGAGAUGGUUGGAGAAUGAAUAUAAAAAGUCAUCCAAGCGGACCAGUUGCUGUUGUAGUGAGGGACACCAUCACCAUUAUUUAA